AUGAGUAGUGUAGCUUCAUCAGCACUCUCGAAAGGCAAAAAGGAAAGUGUUUCCCACCAUAAUAAUUCUCAUACGAAACAAGACGAUUCAGAUUUAUGGAAUUUUACUGUCUCCCAAAGAAAAAAUGAAUUGAGGGAAGAACGUAGAGUGGUCCAUAAUCAACGUUCAAACAAUUAUGAAACAGUUCAAUCUUUGGAAAAACAAUUAUCCGAAACUGAAGUUGCCCUUUUUAUUGCUAGAGAACAAUUGAGUGCUGCAAACAAGGAAAAGGAAGCGUUGGAAGAACAAGUUAUUAUUCAAGCUUGUCAUAUUCAAGACUUGGAGAACAAAUUUUGA